AUGUCGGUCCAUUACAAGUUCAAAUCCGCCAUUUCUUACGAUACGAUCACGUUCGAUGGUCUCCACAUAUCUGUGAGAGAUUUGAAAAAGGCCAUACUUCAUCAGAAACAGAUCGGUAAGAACACGGAUUUCGAUCUACAGGUCACCAACGCCCAGACUAAUGAAGAAUAUACUGAUGACCAAACAUUAAUUCCAAAAAAUACGUCAUUAAUUGUUUCAAGAAUACCACUUACAACACAACAAAAAAAAGCAUGGGAAAGAGCCGAACAAAACAAUCAAUUAGUCCUUUCAAAACAGAUAUUAAAUUUAGAUUCACAUGAACCAGAUUCUGCUAAACUUAAGGGUGCAGAUUUACUUGGUUCUAAUGCAAGCGAAGAAGAUAAAAUCAAUGCUAUGAUGGCACAAUCUACACAGGAAUAUGAUCCAUCUAACUUUGUGAAAAUUCGUGGUGGAAAUCAAUAUGGUGAAGUACCUUUAAAUUAUGUUUGUUAUCGUUGUCAUAAUCCUGGUCAUUGGAUAAAAAACUGUCCUAACAAUAAUACAACUGCAGAUCCAAUUGACAUUAAAAAAGCUACGGGCAUUCCAAGAGGAUUUUUAGUACCGGUUGAUGGUCCAUCAGUUCCUGGAGCAAUGUUAACUGGUUUGGGUACAUUUGCAGUUCCCAGCAUUGAUCAGGAAGCUUAUAAACAAAGUAUGAAACCACAAAAAAAACAGGAAACUGAAGUCGAGAAAGUAAUAAUUCCAGAAGAUUUAUUAUGCACGUUAUGUUCUGAUUUAUUAACAGAUGCAAUUAUGAUGCCAUGUUGUGGUACAUCGUUUUGUGAUGAAUGUAUUCGAAAUGCUCUUUUAGAAUCUGAAGAAAACGAAUGUCCAGACUGUCAUGGGAAAGAAAUAUCACCAGAAACUUUGAUACCAAAUAGAUAUUUACGGAAUGCUGUAAAUGGUUUCAAAGAUAAAACUGGCUAUAGUAAGCGUAUAGAAGCGGCAAAAGAAAAAAUAACUCAAUCUAAAGAGCCUCAAGCAUCAAUUCCCAAAAUAAAUAUUCAACCGCCAAAAGAAGAAGUGAUCAUUCCAGUUAGCACCCAAUCACCACCGUCUGAUCCUUCAAUUGAAGAAUCCAAAGAUGAAAUUUAUCAAAAAAUCGCUGCUGUUGGUGACCCAAUUGAUAAAACCCAACAUAACUACUCUGCAAUUGGCACAAUCAAUAAUAAUUCUCAUAAUCAUUCUACAUUUAAAACCAGUCAACCCCAAGUUCAAUCCCAAGUUCCUCCAGUGUCAGUGAACAAUAAUAGUCGCCCAAAUAAUACAAAUGUUUACAUACCUGUAAAUCCUUUUCAAAAUACGCGACAUACAGUUACAAAGUCUACAGAUAAUCGUGGACAACAUAUUGCACGUUACAAUUCUCAAUCUUUAUCUAUCCCCCCUCACCCUCACAUGCGCCCUUGUUUGCCCGUAGGACCCGCAGAUAUUUCAGUACCACCACCUCCUUUUGCUCAUCCGCCUCCAUCGAUACAAUCUGAUGGCUAUAAUCAAAUGCAACCAAUUCAUAAUCCUCCACCACCUGGAUUAGAUAGAAACAAUAGCCCAGCUAAUGCUUCAUCAGAUGAAGGAAUGCAUCCUCCUGAGUCCAACCGUCAUCAAAUGGAUAAAUUCGAUAACCAAACUGGACCUCAUCAACCAAUGAUGAGAACAGGCUAUCCUCCUGGUUACUAUCCACCACCACCCAUGUCUAAUUAUGAUCCAUAUAAUAUGCCUGUCGAUAUGAGAAGUCGAGGUUACCAUCGAGGAUAUAGUAGAAGACCAACUCGUGGACAGCCAAUGGGCUCUAAUUAUCGUCCUGAUUAUCGUAAUGGGGGAAAUUAUAUGAAUAAUAAAAGAACUAUAGAUGAUCCAUUAGCAGUAUUUCAGCGAAUACUUCGAGAGCGUGAUAGUAAACGUCGGGAUAUGAGAGUUCGUCAUUCUAUGUCCAGAUCUCGAUCUCGAUCUUUAUCUCGGUCUAGGUCUAGGGAACGCUCUCGUAGUCUAAGUCGUUCACCAUCAAGGAUUAUGAAUCAUAGAACACGAUCAAUAUCAAGAUCACCUUUACUACGUAAUAGAUCAAUAACUCCUAGACGACGUAGCCGAACACGUUCUCGUAGUCCUGUAAGAAAACGCAAGAAGAGUUUGUCUCCUGUAAAACGUUUACCAGUUAAAUCAAGGAGAAGAACUCGUAGUCCAAGUCGUGAUGUGCAAGGACGAAGAUCCAGAUCUUUAUCUCUACAUCGAAGAACUCGCUCAAGAUCUCGAUCUCUAACUAACAGAAACCGAAUGUCACCAUCACCUCGUUUCAGAUCAAGAUCUCCAUCUUUUUACUCUUCACCCGCUAGAUUUAACAAUUAUCACAGAGAAGAUGAAAAUUUUGGACCUAAGGGUGGAAAUUGGCGUGGUAGAGGCACCUGGAACAACAAGGGAAUUUCACAGCCGUACCAACAAUCACACAGGUUUCGUGGGCAAUUUGAAGGGCAUUACGAAGUAGGCGUUGACCGUUCAACAGAUUACACUAACAAUUAUGCACAAUUUGAUCCACACUAUGCAAUGGAUCCAAAUUUAGUGCGUGAUUGGGAUGAAAUUCGUGACAAAGAGAUCCGAGAAAGAGAAAAAGAAAAGAAAGAGGAAGAAGAUAAACAAAAAAAGAAAUCUAAAAGCCAAUCCCCUGUCAAACAUCAUAAACUUGAAAAACAAAGACAAGAACAUAAACCAUCUCCUGAAAAGAACCAUAAAGACUCAGAUAAAAAAGAUAAAGGAAAAAGAAAAAAGAAAAAGGACGUAGACUUAGACAAGAAAAAGAAGAAGAAAAGUAGAGAGAAAAAAGAAAAAGAUGAUGGUAAAAAAGGUGAUGAAAAAGAAAAUAAAAUCAGUGAGGGUGAUAUCAAACUUGAAAUUGAAGGGGCUAACCAAACUAACCAAGAACCAGCUGCUCCCGGAACAUCUGAAUCGCCACUUCCUUUCGAAUCUGUUGCAGUCAAAGAAGAGGUUAUCAUUAAAAACUUCCCAAAUGUCUCAGAUGGUCUUUAUGGGGACUUAGAUGAGGUGGCACCAGUGGACACUAGUUGGGGUAGUUUUAAAAUUACUGAAGAAACUGACACUUUUAUGAAAUCAAAAGAAGAAACUUUGGGAGAUACAGUUGAAGAAAAACCAAAAGAACCAGAAGUCUUAGCAGAAUUGCCAGAACGAUCAAAAUGGGAAGUCGAAGAAGAUACUAAUACUAUAGACGAUAAAUUUGAUGUGGAAAAACAAAAAGAAGGAAGCCUUGUAGACAAUUCAGAAUCCCAUAACGAUUCUAAUCAAGUUUCUGUAACCAAUGAAGUAUUAAAACGAGCUGAAAACGCUAUAUUCCAAAAAACUGUUAGAACAAUAGAUGUAUCAGGUAAAAAAACUGUUGUAGAUAAAUCUGAGGGCAUUAAAGAUAAAAAACCAGACAUAAUUAGAGACAAGAAAAUUGAAUCUGAAAAACAUUUAAGUAAAGAGAAAAAACCAGAUAGUGUGAAGGAAAGGAAGUCUGAAGUUUCUAAAGACAAAAAAAUUGAAUAUGUAAAAGAAAAGAAAAUUGAUACUAGUAGGGAUAAAAAAGUCGACAAUGUCAAAGAUAAAAAACAAGAUAUUGUCAAGGAUAAAAAACAUGAUGUUUCAAAAGAUUCUAAAGAUAAAAAAACUGAUGUCGAUAAAGAUAAGAGACCUGAUGUGAAGGAUAAAAAAUUGGAAAAUGUUAAAGAUAGAAAAACUGACCGGGAACGGAGAUCUAAUGAUAAAUUAUCAGAGACAAAAACAGUACCUGAAAAGUCGUCAAGAAGAGAUGAAUACGUAUCAAAACAUAAAGAUAAAAAGAAUUUAGAAUCUGAUACUGCAGCAGAUUCAUUAUCUAUUCAGAGAGAAGCUAGAAAAUCAGGUCAUUCUAUACAAAUAACAAUACCAUCAGAUUUAUUAGAUGAUAAAAAAAAUAAAGACGGUGCAAAACGUAUAUCAGCUAAAGACAGACUUGGUGAUAAAGUAGAAGAUAAAGAUGAUAAACAUUACAAGUCAAGAAAUGAAAAGCGGAAAGUCUCUCGUUCUAGGUCUCCUGUGCGAGUGCAUUCUACACUUAUCGUUCCAGAGCCACCGCCUAGAAAAGUCAGAGUGUCUCCCAAAACUCGAAGGGAUUCAUUAAAAAAAGACAGGAAUGCUAAAACUGAAAGAACGACUUCUUCUAAUCGACCUUCUCGUCGGGACGAUGAGAAAAAAUCAGUCCAACAAAAGAAAACUGAAACUCGUAGAAUAGUAAGGCCAGACGAAAAACAUCAUCGUACAGUAGAACAUAAAAAUGUAUCCAAAAAAGAAGAUCGUUUGGAGAAAAAAGAAGUAAAGAAAAAAGAAGAAAAACGGGAAGAGGUGGUGAAAAAAUUGAAACCAAAAGAAAAAGAAACUGAGAAAAAGGAACGUAAAAACCGUCGUCUUGAACCAGACCGUAAAGUGUGUGAUGAGAGGUUCGACAAUAAUGACGAAGAAGAAAUAAAAAAAUUACCUAAAGAUAAAGAAUCUGAUGAUUCAAUAAGUAGCUCUAGCAGCUCAAGCUCUUCAUCAGAUUCGUCACCAGUUCGGUCCAAAAAGAGAAAGAAGACAAAAAAACGAAAGAAGAAACACGUAAAAAAGAAGAAAUUAGACAGUAGUUCAGAUUCUGAUGAUUCAUCUUCAUCUUCAGAGUCUGAUGAUGCUAACAGUAGUAAACAUAAAAAAAAGAAGAAGAAGGACCAGCGUAAACACAAAGUGCAUAAAAAACCACUGAAAAAGAAGAAAAAGACUAAACAUAGAUAG